AUGACCAAAGCCACUAGCAAGGACCUCCGCGUCGUCAUUGUCGGUGGUGGCUUCUGUGGCCUCACCGCUGCCAUUGAGUGCAAGCUGCGGGGCAUGCAUCCGAUCCUCGUCGAGGCCUACCCCGGUGCCAGCUCGCACGGCGACUUGCUUGACUUUGUGCGCAAUGCUGGUCGGGUUUUCGAGUCCUGGGAUAACGGCAAGGUCGGUCACAGGCUGAUGAAGGCCGGUGUCAAUGCCGCCAAGUAUCUCGAGUUCUACAACUCGAAGGAUGUGCUGCUCCGCAAAGACCCUUGGCCCCAGGCCGAGGACAAGGACUGCGUCUACGCCGGGCACCGCGGUGAGAUGCACAGAAUCAUCUACGAGUAUGCCAUUGAGGUGGGCGUCGAGAUGCAGUUCAGUAAGCGGGUUGAGAAGUAUCUCGAUACAGACACUGAGCGGGGUGUCGUGGUGGUAGGAGGAGAGAAGAUCCUCGGUGACGUGGUUCUGGCCUGUGAUGGUCCUCGGUCCCUGGCUCGUUCUCAGCUCCUCAAUCUGCCCGAGUCCAAGGUCAACAGUGGCUAUGCCAUUUUCCGAGCGUUCUUCAAUAUUACCGAUGAGAUGCGUGCACUUCCUGAGUUCGCCGAUAUGAUCAAGGAGGGUGAGGAUAGCGUGCGAUUCUGGGUCGGCCCUGAUAUGCACGGUUUCAUUUACAUUUGGAAGAACGGAAGGGACUGCGCCUGGGUCCUUACUCACCUCGACGACGCAAAUAUUGACGAGACAUGGUCCUUCCCUGGAAAGAAGUCAGAUGUCGAAAAAUACCUGAACCAAGCCGGCUUCCCCAAAAUCUGGCACCAAGCUCUGGCCGCCACCCCUGACGACCGCCUGAUCGAUUACAAGCUUGUCUGGCGUGACCCCAUUCCCACAUGGCUCUCCGGCAGCAAGAAGUGCGCAGUAAUGGGCGAUGCAGCACAUUGCCAUCUCCCCACCUCCGCCCAGGGCGCAUGCCAAGCCGUCGAGGACGGCGUCACAGCUGCCAUCUGUCUGCAGAAGUCUAACGGCGAUGUAGCAUCUGCCCUACAAGUAUUCGAGCGUAUCCGUUACAACCGCUCGCAUGUCAUCCACCAGGCAUCUAUCACAACACGAAAUAUUUAUCAUAAGAAUGAAUGGACGCCCGAGUUGGUGCGUGAAUAUCCCGACUCAUUGAUUAUUCCGUUCUACCCCUGGGUCACCGAUUUCGAUGUCUUCGCCAAUGCGGAGGAGCACUUUGAUCAUUUGCUGGAGGACGUUCGAAGUGGGAAGGCUGGUACUAUUCAAGAGCUUGCUUUGCCGGCUGGCGGCAAUUACGAUGCAAUGUUGCUGGAGAAGAGAAUUCCGGAAGAAAAGCUGGAUGAUCUGGUAUCUACUACUGAAGUUCAGGUCCAAGCUUAG